GUCGGUUCCCCGCACAGAUCUGGAAGGAGGUUCUUGCUUUAACAGUGAUUGAACGGAACGGCUUCCUGCUCGCAUUCUGUUUAUUAUUCGGCGUUUAACAGAAGGUCUGUUAUUUUUUUUUUUUUGCCUUUUAAAACCAGCCGAAAUGGAGACUUCUCAGAUCCGUCAGAACUACCACCGCGACUGCGAGGCCGCCGUUAACAAGAUGGUGAACCUGGAGCUUUACUCCUCCUACACCUACACCUCCAUGGCCUGCUACUUUACUCGCGAUGACGUCGCGCUCGAGGGUUUCGCGCGUUUCUUCAGAGAGAACGCGCACGAGGAGCGCGAGCACGCGGAGAAGUUUGUGUCCUUCCAGAACAAGAGAGGCGGCCGCGUUUUCCUCCAGGACGUCAAGAAACCAGAGCGUGAUGAGUGGGGCAGUGGACUGGAGGCCAUGCAGUGUGCUCUGCAGCUGGAGAAGACUGUGAACCAGGCUCUGCUGGACCUGCACAAGCUCUCCACUGAUAAUGGAGAUCCUCAUCUCUGUGACUUCCUGGAGUCUCACUACCUGAAUGAGCAGGUGGAGACCAUAAAAAAACUGGGUGACCACAUCACCAACCUCACAAAGAUGGAUGCCGCCAACAACCGUAUGGCUGAGUACCUGUUUGAUAAACACACCCUGCGAGGAAGGAGUUAA